AAAGAACCAUAGUUCACCAAUUCUACUACACGAAGUUUCGACCUCUGAACUAUCAUAAAAUUGAACAUUGAAAAGUGCGACUUACAACAAAUGCGUUAUGGUUAUUUCGUUGAGUGCUGUGAUUAUUGCGAUCAUUAUAUGUCUUACCACAAUUCUACUGUAUUGGGUAUCGCUUAAGAAAAAACUUAAGAAUGUGUUAUUCAUUGGGAUAUGUGAUUCAGGGAAAACAACGCUUUUCUCUUCGAUUGUCUACGGGAGUCCAUCAACCACGUUUACAUCACUCAAUGAAAACGUCGCAAACUUACAAGUGAAUAAAAAGGCUCUUGUUCUUGUAGACGUUCCCGGCCAUGAAAAAGUAAGAAACGAGAUUAUUCAAAAAUACAAGGUGGAUACUUUAGCAUUGAUUUUCGUCAUAGACUCAAAAACCGUUCAAAGCGAUAUCAAGGACAUUGCCGAGUUAGUUUGUUUACCAUUAAAAAUCAUGAAUAUUUUCUUUGUAGAUUUCUAUACAAUGUGCUUGUUGACAAAGACUUUAUUAAGAACCGUGCAAAACUACUUAUAGCAUGCAAUAAACAAGAUACUGCAACUGCGAAGGGUAUCAGUGUAAUCACUAAUCUGUUAGAAAAAGAGUUGUAAGUUAUCCAGUAUGAACAUUUCCUCAUAUUCUGUAACUCACCUAAGCAUUGCGUCUCGGUUGUAUAAUGGCCAAUGUAAUAAGACACAGUGAUAUUAUUGUGCACUUCCGUGUGUAUGAAAUUGCACAUUAGAGUUCACAAGCAUACUAGGGUUACCGUUGCUUACUAGACGUUAUAGUGAACCAUUUUUAAUAAGUUGGCCGAAGUUCUUGUUCUCUGAGGUCUUAAAAUGUCAAAAGCAUCACCUGAGGAACAGUAAGACCAAAGCUAGUGGAUCUAAAUUUAGGGUGGGGGGGAAUUCCUACUGCUGAAUCCAGUAGCGUGCAAAAAACGAUAUGUUUCGAGCAAACCUAUUUCAUAUUCCUUUCAUCAAAGUGGUUUUAAUAUAAUAAAUUCGUUAAAAGAGUAUAACCAAUUCACUCAGUUUUGCUGUCACCCGUGGCUUUUUUAAAAAUUUUGUCAGCCUUUUAACUCCGAAUGUUCAUAAGUGGCCCUCUGGAAGAUAAUAACUUUCAUAGUGGUUCUAGUUUUCUUUCAGACGCAACUGUAGUAAGUAACUUUAGGUGCACGCAGUUGAGGAGUGAAGUCGUCCGCAAAUUUUUACCACCACCUUCGUCUCUUCUUAACUUCAUUUCUGUUUUGCAUUGUCAUCAGUUUUAUCCAUAUUUUUCUAUUUUCAAUGAAAGGCAAAGUAAGAUCUUGCAUGGAAACCUACUGGUUAAAUGUUAUACAAUAAAGACGUCAAAAUCAUAGGAAAGUGACUUCAAAGAACUACGAGAACGCAUCAAGUGGACUAGAAGUCAGAAAUAAAAUAAUUUCUCAGAUUUGGCAUACAGAGCUAAUGUACUUGCACCACCGUGAAUAAUUUUGAUCCAUAAGACCUUUAGCAACUUGCACCAUCUUUUGCUUUUUCCAAUAAAAGGGCAACUAUUCUGCACUGCGAUCAGCUAUGUUCUAUUGUACGGCCCAGAUAUGACCGUUGACACUAGAAAAUAUGAGGAUGUUACCUUUUUGAAAAUAGGUUUCUCCGUAACAAGAUUCGCUUGUAGUGUACACAAAGUGAACAAUAUUAAGGUUAAGCGCAGAAUACCAAGCAAAACAGGCAAGUUAUUUAACAAAGUUAUGAAUCUUAGCCAACUAAUAUGGCUUGUCGGUCGAUAGCUACUAUCCUACGUGGUGGCUGCUUUUUCCAGUGACGUAAGAAGUUAGUCUUUUGAACUACAUCAUAUCAGAAAGGCAUAACGGAUAGCGGUAAAACUAAAAGCACUUGCCAUCAGUGUAAGGAGCUUACAGUAUGGUGAAGAUCCGAUGACAAAGUCGCACUACUGGCUGUAGUGAGUAUGGAUUUUCUUGUCUGACCGCUUGUUGCUGCCUACUUACUCCCUGGCUUCACUCGAAGUGUCAGCUACUGCAGGUUCAGACCGGUAAAAAGCCUGUGGGGGUCAGACUAAAAUAUGGCAUCUGUCCAUGAACCCUCUAACUGUUGGUCUGAGAUAUGUGAGUCAGGUCAUUGGUGUCCUCUAGAUAUUGUGAAUCCAUAAUUAGAGACUUAAUUGAUAUGCUUCAAAAUUGGCCAGUGACUCAAACCUAUUCAAUACUUAUGUGGGGGUGUGAAUCAGUGUUUUAUGGAGAUGAUUAUCACCCAUUGGGUCGGGGGUUCGACCCCCCUCCGUCUACCGUUUGCGCAGUCAGUUAGUGCCACUAGCUCACACAAUAGGUGUGGCUCAUUGCCUACUGCAUGUAUGUACACAGGAUGGUUGGUUGCAUUUCGUUCAUUCAAUCUUUAUCAUCUUCGUAAUUUGUAACACUUUGGAAAUCAUUUUUGGUCUUCUGUACUCAUAUACUUUUGCCUGCUUUAAUGUCAUACCUUUUUCAUCCAUUUCCUAUUAAUAUGCUAUAGUGUGGGAUUCUCAGCGUAAACUAUUGUGCCCUCGUAUCUGUCUCUUUAUGAUCAAUGGUUGGUUUCUGGAAUUUCGAAGAUACUAACAAUUAGUGGCCAUAAUACAAGGGCCGACUAUUUUUAAUCUUCCUAACCUUACACAACUGCAGCUACGGGAUGUGUAGGAGACGUUGUCCAAGUGUAGUUUCUCAUUUAGUCGUAACAAGAAGUGUACAUACAGGCGUGCCAAUAGCAUUAAGUUCUAAUGAAGAAUGUCCACUUGCCAUUGAAUUGUCCAAUCAGAUGGCUGUGUGAGGGCACAGGAAUACUAUAAUGCUGGUGUCACCACCACAUUCGUAGUGUAGGCUGCGUACCGUGAAUCAGCACAUUAGUAACGUACAAACCAGGCAUAGAGUUCAAGGUGCAUGAAGUGAGAUAAUUUGAUAAACUUUUUAAUUUCCAUCGACGCAAAGGGCUGGGACAUGAACAUUUAUCCUGUCGCAUAGUGUUAGCUGUAGUGUGUAGAUUGGAAGAAGGUUAGAGGUGGCCGAACUAAAAUAUGGCAUAAGUACAUGAGGUCUUUAACUAUUAGUUGUAGCUGUUCAAAGAAGUGUAGGCUUCUCGGCCAGGGUUCAUAUAACAAACGAAAUUGGUGAUUAGAGACUACGUUAUAUGGCUCAAAAUUUUUAGCGGAAGCAUGCACACAUUAUCUUCAUCCGGUUGCAGUUUAGUUUUUUCAUCUCCCUUUUAAGCUUUCUUCUUUAUAAGGUACAAAGUGACUUUUUAUUUGGAUGGUGUGAAGCUAAACCGUUACAAAGUAAUGAUUGAAGACUGUAAUGCAGGUCAUCAUGAUACGGGAUAAAAUAUGUAUUUACAACAGAAGAUUAAGUUGAAUUGCUGAGACAUCACUUUCAACCUAUUCUUUCCUUGUUAAUUCAUAACUUUAAAUUGUUUUUAUUGUCGCUCACCAUAAUGUUUUCUCCCACUUUAUUUCAAAUUGCAGUAAAUGUCACUUUCACGUAGUUCACAACUGAUAGUUCGUGAGUAAUAAAUUUUGAUGGGUCCUGUAUAGUCAGCCCACUUCCUUUCAUAUCAACUAACCCAAUGAAUACUAGUUAGUGCUAAUCAGCUACAUUGAUUUUGUGAAAACGUGAUAGCUUGCAUGUGUGUCAUUCUCUAAACAAGCAGUUUCCAAGAGGCUAAGAAACACCAUAAACCUUCAUUGAGAUUUCGGAAAAAUGUAUCCAUGAUUAAUAUUACUUUACUAUUGCAGGUAAUCUAAUUCUCGUAGCUCAUUAUAUCAGUUUAUUGAGUUUUAAUCUUUUCCAAAUUUUAGGAAUACCCUUACUUUCACACGUACCGGUGCGCUUGCUGGUCUUGAUCAUUCCACUACAAGAACGCUAACUAAACCUGGAGUGACUUUUACUUUCUCUAGAAGUCGUUUUCCAGUUGAAUUCGUCGAAAUCUCUGCCACAAAUAAUAUCUCUGUGAUUCAUAAGUGGCUUAUGCAACUAUGAGUUUUUUUGUAAAAACGAAGAUUAUGUUCAUAACAUAAAUGUAUUCGGAUAGACAA